AUGAAACUUUUCUUGAAUAUAUUCUUGACAAUAUCAAUACAAACAAUCCUCUUUGUUGCAGGAUAGAGCACUUCAGACUUAGAUUGCAAAUCAUUCAGAAUUGGAGAAGCAGGAGGAGGUUUUACAAUAUUCUCACUUCCAUAAAACUAAAUUUGCAAGUUUGUUAUGGUUACACCUUUUGUUGGGAAGAGAACUAUGAAUAUCACUGCCAAAUAUGAUCAUCCAAUGCAAGCGAACAGAUUAGACUGCCCUUCAAAGACAGUUGAAUGCUUAGGGGCUUUAGUUUAGCCCAAUGUGACAUACAAUUUUACUGGAGAAGAAAAGGACCCAUAUGUUACAACAUACACCUUUAGUAACCUAGAUUUCAAGCCUAAUGAAUUCAAACUAUUAAUGACCUAUGAUAUCUAAUUAGGUUCUUCCUAUGCAAAAGUUUUAGGAUGUAAACUACUGUUUGGGCUUUCAUUAAUCAUGCUGCUUGGACUAAUUUGA